AGAAGAAGACGAAAAUGUAUACUUCACAUAACCUUAAUCUCAAAACAAACUAAAAUAAAAUAAAAAAUUAAUAGACUUUAAAAUAAGAAACUUGAAUUAAUCACAUUAAAAAUAUGGCAAAUACAAUUCUAAAUCAGCUACAAGCAUUGAAAGAUCAAGAGUUGCAUUCAAAUAUUUGCAAAGUGAGCGAUUUAGCAUUAACAUUAGCAGAACAAAAACCAGAUGUCUUUAAUUUAUCUACAAAGCUACAAAUUACACUUUACUAUUCAGAUGCAUGUUUUUUAACCCGCCAAUACAUACAAGCAGAAAGUUUAUAUAGGCAAGCUUUACAAAUGAGAAAGAAUUACAUUAUGAAAUCUAAAACCUCCAGCAAUAAAAUUGAAAAUCCCACAAACUUGAUGAGCGAUGUCGAUAUUAAAUAUCAAAUACAUUUAUGUUGCGUUGCAUUAAAGCAAAAAAAUGCAGCAUGCGAAAUUUUACAGAUGAUAUCUGCUAGACAUAGAACUCCAAAAGUAAACAUGGCAUUGGGAAAUAUUUAUAAAGAUCUGGGACAAGAGAGAGCUGCCAUAACAUGUUUUAAAGAAGUAUUGAGGGAGUGCCCACUAGCAUUGGAGGCAGUUGAGAAUCUACUUAAAUUAGGAUUGAAGGGUGUGGAAGUAAAUUCUUUAAUGAUACCUGUAUCAUCUGAAAUAAGUUGGUUGAGUAUGUGGAUAAAGGCACAAGCUCAGUUACAUUCAAAAGAUUUCAUUGGAGCCCUAAAAACAUAUAAAAGCAUGGAAGUUCAUGGGCUAUUAAAAGAUAACAUAUCUUUGUUGCUCAAUAUCGCCUAUUGUUAUCAUUAUUUGUGUGAAGAUGCUAAAGCUAUUUCUACAUUACAGAAGAUUUUACGGUUGGAUCCUAAUAUGAUUAUUGGAAGAGAUCUUCUAUCUACUUUAUUGGCAGCUUCUGGAACAAAAGAACAUAAUCGAGCUCUUGAAGCGUUAAUACCUUCGAUGGAUACAUCAUUAUGGAGUGCCGAACAUUGGGUUGUUUUAGGAAAUUAUAUGUACACAUUGAAAAAGUAUGACAAGGCAGCCUAUUUUGGACAGCAAGCUUGUUUACUCGAUAAAAGAAAUUUAGAAGCUCUACUAUUGAAGGCGAAUACCUUUCUACAAAUUAAGAAGUAUCAAGAUGCCUCCAAUCACUGUACAGAAGCUUUACAAUUAUGCAAUUUCAGAUAUGAUAUUCACAAAUGUGCAGUCGAAUCGUAUAUACAGAGUAAUAGGAUACGCGAGGCCGAAUCUGUAGCAGUAAAUGCUUGUAAGCAGAUGAAUUUUAGUGCCCAAGCAUAUUGUUUGCAUGCUUCAGUGUUAUUAAAAGACCCCAUGGCGGCAAGUAGAACAGUACGUAAAAUAUUAGAAAAGGCCGUAUCACAAGAUAAAACAGGCGCGACAAAUGCGUUACCGAUGCUAGUAGAAUUUCUCGAGGGAGAACAACAAUACGAACAAGCAUCUCAGCUAUUACUGAAACAUAUAGAAACGCAAAAACCGUCCUCGAGACUUCAUCAGUUACUAGGAGAUUGUUUCGUGAAUCUUCAGAAAGAUGACGAAGCAUUUCACCAUUAUACUACUGCUUUAAAAUUAGAUCCUACUAAUCAGAGAUCAACAGAAGGGCUGAAUAAUAUUGGUAGAAGUCUGUCGCUUAGUAAAAGAGAUAGUUAUUAUACUUGUGUAGCUGGUGAAACUUCGUACAAUUCCCAAGGCACCAAUUCGUCUGAUCAUGAAGUAGAUCCCGAGAGUGAUGCUGAUCCAUGGCCACGUGGUGAAGAUAUUGAAAGUUUUGAUGAAUGUUAGAUUAGGAUAUUAUUUAAUUAUGGAAAUUUGUAAAAAAUACUACUUUUUAUUAAACUAUUUUUUCUGUAUUAUUAAUAUAUUUUUCAAAAAAUUAUUAUACUUGUAUUGGAAUUGAACACUUUGCUUUGGAGACUAGGAGAAUUAAAAAAAAUAAGUUCUAUAAAAAAA